AUGAGCGCAUCACCCGUCAACAACGGCUCGAAUGGCGCAGCAGCUCCCACAUCAGUCAACGAAGCGCGCGACCCUUCUGGAUUCUUGAGCGAGAUCAUCGGCGCACCCGUCACUGUCAAGUUGAACUCUGGAGUCGUCUACAGAGGUGAACUGCAGUCUGUCGACGGCUACAUGAACAUUGCGCUCGAACAAACAAAUGAGAUCGUGGACGGCAAGGUCAGAAGGAAUUACGGAGAUGCUUUCGUGAGAGGAAACAAUGUCAUGUACAUCUCCGCCGACUCAUAG